AUUCUUCCAAAUAUCUUCCUUUGUGUUCAGCUGAACAAAUAAAUGUAUACAGCUUUGGAUCAACUUUAGGGUGAUUAAAUGAUGACAGAAUUUUCAUUUUUGGGUGAACUAUCCCUUUAAGCAUCUCUAUGCCACAUUUCAAACCAAUAAAAUUCACUGACAUGUCUUAAACACAAAUUGUAAUUAAUUUCAUAUUUACAUUAUUUUUUUUUUUUUCUCCAACUACAUGUCUGUGAAUGCAUUAUAUUUUGGAACUAGCGAAAACCCCAUAGUCUUUAUAUCAAGAGUAUGUUGUUAUUUAAACAAUUAAUUUGGGUGAUCAAUUACUAAUCAUUUUACUUAGGCUUUUUCACAGUGUAAAGUGUAAAAUAACAGUAACCAGUAAAAUAAAUGUAGUCUUGAGUUACUUGGCUUACUCUUCUAACGUGUUAAAUUUGUCUUUUUUCAAUGUGAGAACCAAUCUUUAUAAGCACCCACUUAACACUUUCUGUGAUGAGGCGAAAAAUGGCUAUUUAACAAACACUACGAAAAUUGGUUGGCAGAGUUUACUUUUUGUUGAGUGUCUCUAGUGGAACAUACAUUAUGAUAACUAAGCAAAAGAAAGCUUAAUUCACUUUUAAAUAUAUACACUGAUUGUAACAAGCCGCUUUGGAUAAAAGUGUCUUCAAAAUGCAUAAAUGUAAAUGUAAGUUCUUUACAUAAAAAAAAAAAAAAUGUUCACAAAAUGUGCCACAAAUUUCAUUAUUGUAUGUUGCUCUAAUAUGUUAUAUAUUAUAACAUAAUUUAAUGAUGUGCUAGCAACUGUUGUGAGAAAUAUUUUAAUACUAAUUAUUUAUUUAACAUUCAAUACAAACACUAUAAGAUCCUUGGAUUUCUUAUCAAUGAGUGCUGUAAAUAGUUAGUUUACACAACUUUCAAGUACUCAUACAUUUACAUGCAUCCACUUCCACACCAUCCACAGCUGAGGAAGUGGACGGUGGGCUCCAGCCUUUUCAUUUGCAAUUGAGAUGACUGUGAACAGUUUUAACACAUAUCCGCGCACAAGAAGGUUUGCUUUGAGGAUUGCUGCGCUCAUUCAUGCCCUCCAAUAAAACUCGCUCCUGGCCUGUAGCCUAAAGCUGCGCUGUUUCCUUUUUGAUUCUGAUGUUGAUAGGCUCGUUUACCGGCUUUCUUCUUUCAAUGCGGGGAGCCGGGCCAUGGCCAUUUUCAUGGUCACACCACCUGCGGGCAUCUUGAGGUGACAAACCAAACGAAACCCAGGGGGUAUCGAGGAAAAAUCAGUCUUUUAAAGCGGUAGUUAGGCGUGGUGUGAAAAUUCACCAUCACACGUCCCAGCUCCCACUGUGCAAACCUGCUUCUGAAUUGAUGACGAAUAACGUAGCUGUCGUAAUAAAAGAUUCAAUGAAGUGACUUUUUUUUUCUUUUUUUUUUGGGGUCCGGAUCUAAAACACAUCAAAGAUGCAAUUGAUCCAAAAAAUAAAGACACAAUUUGUAUAAUAAAUAUAUUUAAUUUGUUGAAUUACAAUUAAUUUUGUCAUAUUUAUGUCAAUGGUUCAACUGUCUGUAGAUUAACAGGCUGAAAUUAGCCUAUAUUUAAUCAUUAGGCAUAUGUAUUAAAAUAAGAACUGAUAUUUUUGUUUUAUUUUAAACAUUAUUAAAGUUCAAAAACAAAGCCAGUGUGGCAAAACUAAGAAAAGCAUUUUGGUGUCAUGUAACAAUGUAACUAUAUAAAAUAAACUUAAAACUUGGUUCAAAUAACGUAACAAAAAAAUAGGCUUAUUAAAAAUAAAACAUUAAUACUAAAAAAAUAUAUUGUGCAUAGCCUAUGUUUCAAAAUAAUUACGUUAUUUUCUAUUUUUAUUAUAGUUUGUUUACACGUGACAUUUUAGAAAAUAGCCUAGUAGCGCGUUAUGUGUUGACGUACAUGCAUUUAAUAGGCUAUUUCAAUACUAAAGGAUAAAUGGCUUUUAAUAUUAAGGAUAAAAAUGUCUUAAUCUCUUUAAAAAGUUGACCCUAUAAAAGUAAUUAGCUAAUAUUAUCAAAUAUGGCUAAUACACUUUUAUUGCAGUACAGUAUCAGUAUAGCGCCCAUACAGAUGUUCUAAUGGGAUGUUUAGGAUCCACAUCUCAUAUGCGAAUUGUUUAAGCAGGUCAAAGCCCCCCACACCUGCCUGCCUAUCCUGAAUCCCUGCGGUGACACUCCACUCCCAUUGGUCUGACCAUCGGCGGACCAAAGACAGAAUGCGUGUGGCCUCUCAUAAAUAGCCCUCAUUUCCAUGAGUCCUGCAAACCCACCACAACCUUCACCGACCACAAGUCGCGUCCAGCACAUUCGGGGUCUCCAACCAUGACCCUUACCCAGGAUUACGAAGAAGUGCAGCGUACCCCCGUCUCGUUUGAAGACGAUGAAAUAAACACAGUUGGAGGAGACCACAGCGAUAGCGACCGAGAGUAUUUCAUCAUGCCUUGCGGGGACCCCACGGAGGUGGAUCACUCGGGGUCCGAGUCUUCAGGAGAGAGCGAGAGCAGCUUCUCCACCACGUCCGCUCCAAAACACACCUCCACCGUCAAGCCUCCGUAUUCCUACAUCGCUCUCAUAACCAUGGCCAUCCUCCAGAGCCCGAUGAAGAAACUGACCCUCAGCGGCAUCUGCGACUUCAUCAGCAACAAGUUUCCCUACUACAAGGAGAAGUUCCCUGCGUGGCAGAACUCCAUCAGACACAACUUGUCACUCAACGACUGCUUCAUAAAGAUCCCGCGAGAACCUGGAAACCCGGGGAAAGGGAACUACUGGUCCCUGGACCCCGCGUCUGAGGACAUGUUUGACAACGGCAGCUUUCUACGCAGAAGAAAAAGAUUCAAGAGGAACCAACCCGAGUUCACCAAAGACAACCUGGUGCUCUACCACCCAACGUUAAGUUAUCGAGCAUAUGGGCGACCUUACUGCGUUUCUGGGCCGGUGCCAGCCCAGGCUAAUCCUAUUGGAUAUUUGCCAGUGCCGGAUGGCAUCAUGGUGCCCCCUCCAUAUUUCCAGUAUCAGACUCUCAACAUUAAGAUCAGCGAAGCUCCAGAAAUCCAGCAAAGGCCUGAGCCCAAGACUCAGAAGUGUUCGUUCAGCAUUGACAGUAUCAUGGCUAAAUCAACGGUGUCUCCUCACAAAAACUCUCAUCAUCUCACACCUGACUACAGUUAUGUAUUUCCCAGGCCAACAUCAUGCGUGACUCCAAGUUUGUUACCGGUGCCAACAAGGACUCCUCUGCUCAAGACUGUUCCUUUCACAGAAACUCUGCGGAUGGUGUAUCCUCACUGUUGAACUGUCUGGGGAAAAAAAAAAACUCUUGUCAUUUUAAAUAGGAUUGUUCUGUCAUUGCUCUUAUAUGAUAGUUUUAAUGUAAAUAAAUAAAUGGUAAUAUAUUUGCUAGUCCUGGAAAGUGGAUGUAUUAAAAUGCCUGUUUAAAUAAACCAUCAUUGUCAGAAUUCAAUUAUGAGUUCUCGUUAUUCGUUGCAAUUAUCUCGUGUCAAAGUUUUCAGUAGCUAAUUAAAUCAAAUAGCAGGUUCUGCUCAUUCAACUUUGUCUUAUAAAGCCAAAAGCCUGGCUAUUUUUAGAUCGCUUUUGGAAAAAGUUUUGAACGUUGAGUAGGGUAUGAUGCCUUUAUACUGCAAUUCAGUACAUAUUAGCCUACUACAGAUUUGCCUCUGUCAAUACAAGCAAGACAAUUGCUAUCAUUUUAUGUCCACUAGAUGGAGACUGAAGCUCGUGAAAUCGGUCGCAUUCAAUGCAUUGAUUUGAGUUGAGACGCGUGUGCUUGAUCGAUUAUUUCGAUUGAUUUGCUUUGCUUGAAAAAUAAAGGAUAUUAAUCACUUUAUACAAUCUAUGUUAUUGGCUAUAAUCUGUCACUUAAUGCAUUUUCACUUGCGUGGACAGGCCUACAUGCCUAACCUCCUAAGAAUUAGUUUUUUUUUUUUUUUUUUCAUGUCAUUACAUUGUUUAGACUGAGCAUAAGAAACAAAUUGAUUUUAUAUAUAUAUAUAUUUUAUUCAUAUGUUAUGCUAUGUACUAGUAAGUGGACUCAGGACUCAGUGGGAAAAUCAUAUAGGGUUUUUUUCAUCGACCAAUCAGGUUUUAGGAUGUUUUAACCAAACUUUGUUUAAGGAUGAUUCUCAACUGUUAUGAAAGAUAAAAUGCAAUGAAUU